AUGGGCACUGAUUCAGUCGUUUUCCUGUCAAAAAACACUGACAUUUUCAGAGGACAACGGUUCGGAAUAAAUCUUCCUCUGAAUUUUGACUCCCGGAGCAGUAUGAGUGUUGAGUCCAGCAGCUCUGGCAGUGGAGUCGAUAGGACAAUGUAUAGAAUGCCGUUGUUACAGAUGCAAUCUUUGGCUGACCACUCUACACAUUUCCGAGCAACCUGCAACUUUCCCACCCACGGCGUUAAAAAAACAGAUUACGCGCGCGACAAGUUGAAAAAUCACGACUUUUUCGGUACAUUUUCGUAUCAGUGUCUUCAUUAUGAGUACAUAAACAUCAGGUGA